CAAGGCGGGAGGGAGGCGGGCUGCUGCCGCUGCUGUUGGUGCGUUUGAGCUCCUUCUGUCCAAGCUGGGUUUUAUUUUGAGGGUCGUAAAGUAACUCUACUCCAGCACAAAACAUUUUUCUUCACUGAACUGACCUGUAGGAGAAAGAACCGAAGCUCUCUAGGAGGAGAAAACUACAUAGUUUGACAUCCGGUGGAGCGAAAAGCAGGGGGGAUGGUGGCUGCGUACGAAGGCCAGUCUUUUGCUGCUCUGAGGAGGCGGUGCAGACAGAAUGGGACCCUGUUUGAAGACCCUCUGUUCCCGCCAUCCGACCAGUCUCUCUUCUACCAGCGAAAUCGCAUUGGACACAUUACCUGGAAAAGACCCAAGGAGUUGAGCAGCAACCCUCGCCUGUUUGUAGACGGGCUCAGUGCUCACGACUUGCACCAAGGCCAGCUGGGAAACUGCUGGUUUGUCGCUGCUUGUUCCAGUCUGGCUUCCAGAGAAGCACUCUGGCAAAAGGUGAUUCCGGACUGGAAGGAUCAGGAAUGGAACGAAGAGAAACCAGAAACGUACGCCGGGAUCUUCCACUUCCACUUCUGGCGGUUCGGCCAGUGGGUCGACGUGGUGAUCGAUGACCGGUUGCCGACGGCGAACGGAGAGCUGGUGUACUGUCACUCCAACGACAGGAACGAGUUCUGGAGCGCGCUGGUGGAGAAAGCCUACGCCAAGUUGUGUGGGUGCUACGAGGCUCUGGACGGGGGCAACACCGCCGACGCCCUGGUGGAUUUCACCGGCGGCGUCUCUGAGCCGAUGGAUUUGACGGAGGACGGGAUCAAAGACGAAGAGGAGAAACGCACCAAUCUGUUCGACAGAAUCCUGAAGGUUCACGACAGAGGAGGCCUCAUCAGCUGCUCCAUCCGGGCGGUUUCUGCAGAGGACAUGGAGGCCAAGCUCGCCUGCGGCCUGGUGAAGGGCCACGCGUACGCAGUGACCGACGUCCGCAGAGUGAGGCUCGGCCACGGCCUGCUGGCCUUCUUCAAGUCGGAUAAACUGGGCAUGAUCCGCAUGAGGAACCCCUGGGGCCAGAGGGAGUGGAACGGGCCCUGGAGCGACAGCUCUGAAGAGUGGAAGCGGGUCAGUAAGAGUGAGAGGGAGAAGAUGGGCCUCACUGUGCAGGAUGACGGCGAGUUCUGGAUGUCGUUUGAUGACUUCCUCACUAACUUCACCGACCUCAUCCUCUGCCGUCUCAUCAACACAUCCUAUCUGAGUUUACAUAAGACCUGGGAGGAGGCCGUGAUGCGGGGCUUUUGGCGUCACCAUGACGACCCGCUUCACAACCGUGCCGGAGGCUGCAGCAACAACAAGCUGUCCUUCCUUCAGAACCCGCAGUACAUGUUUGACGUGAAGAAGCCGAAAGAUGAGAUACUGAUCUGUCUGCAGCAAAAGGACCGCAAAACCGCUGUGAGAGAAGAACGAGGCGAAAACCUGCCGAUUGGCUUCGAAAUCCAGAAGGUGGAGCUGAACAGGAAGUACCGUAUGCAUGUUGUGCAGCAGAAGGCUGGAGGAAGCAUCUUCAUCAACUCCAGGUCUGUGUUUCUGCGCAUCAUGCUGAAUGAGGGCCGAUACGUCAUCAUCCCCACGACCUUUGAUCCCGGCCUGGAAGGAGAGUUUCUGCUGCGCAUCUUUGCCGACGUUCCCACCGACUGCAAGGAGUUGACUCUUGAUGAGCCGCCUAAGACCUGCUGGUCCGGGUUGUGUGGUUACCCGUCUCUGGUCACUCAGGUCCACGUUCUACAAGCUAACGGUUUGGCAGCACAAGACUCAGACGGAGGCUCAGAUCCCUAUGUGAUCAUCCGCUGUGAAGGAGAGAAAGUUCGCUCUGCGGUUUAUGAAAACACCUGCAGCCCCGUCUUCAACACCAAAGGACUCUUCUACAGGAAGAAAGCCAACCAACCAAUCAGCAUCGAGGUUUACAACCACAACAUCAUUAAGGACGGUUUCCUGGGCCGCGUGUCGGUGCCGGCCGAGCAGGGAAAGGUCCAGAAGACGCUUCACCUGAAGGAGAAAGACGACGACAACGACCUUCCUGGGACCAUCAGCCUGGUGGUGGAGACCAGCUCAGUGCUCACCAGCAUCUGAAACCAAAACCUUUUACGUUUACGUCUUUUCUUUCUUUUUUUUAAUAAAUUGCCUUCAGUAUGAACUCAAUGUUUGCCAAUCAAAACACCAAAUAAAUCCUCUAGGUUUAUCACCACUUACUUAAAAAUAAACUUUUAUCGUUUCCACAUAUUAAAGUAUGAAGGGAAUAUUUGGGACAUGCUAA